AUGAGUUUCACAUUACUGAAGACACUUAUUCCUCAGCUGAUCCAGGAUUCUGUUCUCCUUUUGCUUUGUACAGCAAAACCUGGGAGAGUUGUUGGAUCUGUCAUACCAUAUGAGAAUGGGAAAAAUGUUAAAGAUGGGUACAAUGCAAAGAUCUUAUACAGAAAUGCAGUCCUUCCUCCACAGAAUGUCUCCCCACAUUGUUUCCUGAGGACUAGCACCACAAAUCAAGAGAAAUCUGGAAUACAGGCGGGUAGGGAUCCACAAGCCAAACUGCAGCCUAGCAUGGCUGCAAAACCACCCCCUGGGAUGGUUAUUGACAUCAACAGCAACCCCUAUUACCAACCGCGAGCCAAGGCUGAGCAGUUAAAUGAUAGAUUACCCAUUGAUACAAAACUUAUGCAGGCACAAUCCCAGUUUGGUGCAGUUGGUGCUGCAGUUGUGGCAGUCGCUGCCCACAGGAAUCUGGGGACCGUUCAGUAUGGCUUGUCGUAACUAGGAUUGGUUCCA